UUCCGAUGACGCCAAUACCGAAAGCUUCUAGUUACAUAAAGUAUCUGAUGAUGAAUGGUAAACCUGUACAAAUGGUUUUCCGGCUCUGGGUACCUCGUAACCAUCACGCCUGCAACGGUAUUUGCCUGCGAAACACUAUGACUUCCAUUCCACACGAAGCAUCAGCCCAUAAAAACGACACGGUCGUCGAUACUGGAACAGUGUCUUCUAGCAACAUUGAAGGCGAAGUAGAAAAGACUCCUCGUUGGCGUCGUGUUCUGGGUUUAUUCUGGGAUUCUGCAGAGGGAGACAAGCGCAACCGGAAAUAUGUCCAAAAGCUGGAUGCAUACCUCUUCACCACUGUCUGUCUGGGUUACUUCAUCAAAUACUUGGAUCAGACAAAUUACAGUAACGCCUUUGUAUCAGGAAUGAAGGAAGACCUUCACUUGUACGGCAACGAACGAAACUGGCUUAACACAUGGUUUGCACUGGGAAUCAUCAUUGGUAGCGUGCCAGCCCAACUUCUUCAGCUCGGAUAUAUUCGUCCUUCCAUUUUCAUCCCCUGCUGUGAGGUCGCUUGGUCAGCGCUGGUCAUGGGCAUGGCUGGAUCGAAGAACAUUCAAACCAUGUACGCUAUUCGAUUCUUCAUCGGUCUCCUCGAAGCUUGCGCAUUCCCCGGUUAUAUUGCGCUCCUCGGCGGAUGGUACGGGCCCAAAGAACUUACAAAGCGUGUGGCCAUCUUGCUGCAGGUUGAGCAAAUCGCUAGCAUGUUCAGCGGAUAUUUACAGGCAGGGCUAUAUACCUCGAUGAACGGCAGACACGGACUAGCUGGAUGGAGAUGGCUAUUCAUCAUGGACGGCGUCAUCUCUAUUCCUAUCGCGCUUUGGGGCUUCUUCGGAAUACCGGAUCUUCCACACACCACGCGUGCUUUCUACUGGAAUAAAGAAGAACGGCAAUACGGCGUCACCAGAAUCGAGAGUCUGGGUCGCAGUGAACCUGUUCGUCUGUCUGUCAAAGUCAUCAAAGAAGUCUUUCUUGGUUGGAAAAUCUGGGCCUUUAUCCUUCCGUAUGUCAUGAUUGCCCAAUGCCACACGGCGACCAGCUACUUCAACCUUUGGUUGAAAGCUUCUGGAUAUACCGUUUAUCAAACAAAUGUGCUACCGACUGCUGGCAAUGCGCUGGCCAUAGUAACGACCAUCUCAUGGGGCAUCAUUGCCGACCGCACCGGCCAGCGCUAUUGGCUCAUCGUCGGCUUGAUGGCUCUGAUGAUAGUGUCAAAUAUCAUCUUGUCCGUUUGGAAUGUGCCAAAAAGCGCUUUGCUAUUCGCUUACUACAUAUCGUACGCAGGUUCCGCUGGCACUCCUGUUCUGAUUGCUUGGGGAAAUAACCUCAAUGCGGCGGACCCAAAUCUACGUCAGCUUCUAGUUGCAACUGCAAAUAUAGUCUCCUACGCUUUUGUGCUAUGGACACCUUUGGUUCUCUUUCCAACACAGGAUGCUCCAAAAUACAAGUACGGAUAUCAAAUUCUUAUCUUGUUUGGAGUGUUGGCCAUCUUCGGUGUGACGCUAAUGUGGUAUCUACACAAACGAGAGUUAAAAAAGAAAACAGGAGAGAAACAAAGCUCGCCAGAGGUGAAUGAUCGCUCGAGUGACGAUCCCGUGACUGAACAAGCCUCGGCUUAG